UUGAUAUGAUUGGCCAAGGAAGAGUGGCUCUCUUUUCCUCCCUGGCUGCUUGAAGAUCAACCUUCAUCAUGAAUGACACAAUAACUAUCCGGACCAAGAAGUUCAUGACCAACAGACUACUUCAGCAGGAGCAAAUGGUCAUUGAUGUCCUUCACCCUGGGAAGGCAACAGAACCCAAGACAGAAAUUCGGGAAAAACCAGCCAAAAUGUGUAAGACCACAUCUGAUGUCAUCUUUGUGUUUGGAUUCAGAACCCAGAUUGGUGGUGGCAAGACCACUGGCUUUGGCAUGAUUUAUGAUUCCUUGGAUUACGCAAAGAAAAAUGAACCCACUGGAAAAAAAAAGAAAAAUGAACCCAAACAUAGACUUGCAAGACACGGCCUGUAUAAGAAGAAGAAGACCUCAAGAAAAGAGAGAAAGGAAUGCAAGAACAGAAUGAAGAAAGUCAGGGUGACUGCAAAGGCCAGUGUUGGUGCUGCAAAAAGUGAGCUGGAGAUUGAACAACAGAAGGAGUAAAGA